AUGGCGCCUCGCCUCGAUCUCACUCAUUCCACCCACCACAAGGUCAUGGUCGCGCCGCCCAGGAUCAAUCUCCGCCGGGCGGCGUCGUACAACAACAGCCAGGAACGCGGCUCCGCGCCCCUGUCCGCCACUACUUCGCGGUUCAACUUCAACCACCUUCUCUUCUCUCCUCCGCCGUCGCCGAGCCUCCCAGCGCUGGUCCCUCGCCCGAAGCGGUCGCCGUCACAGAUCUUCAAGACACGGCCGCGGCGCGCCCUGCGCAACUUGCUUUACUUCAUCACCAUCGUUAGCGCGCUUUAUGUCUUUGUCUUCGCCUGCCGGCACCGAGAUGCCAUCCCGGCCGUGCUGCCGCACUUUAGAGGGGAGGAGUUCGAGAUGGUGGGGCAGGACGUCCUGCCCGACUUUCCCACACCGAUAGUCGUCACCGACAACAAGAAGCGGUCGAAGUGGACCGUCGCCAUACCUCACAGCUACGAGUUCCCGCUGUCGAUCAGGGAGUAUUCUGGGAUGAGCGGCCGGUGCCGCGAGGUGUCAUCCCACGCGAGGGAGCUGUCCCACAAGUCGCCCCUGACCGACGACAUGUUUCUGGCAUACGACAAACCCGACGACUAUUUCGUCGACGUCGAGGAGGCGGAGAAGAACGGCCUUCUCCCCAGUGCGUCCAAGGGGUCGCCGCCGAAACGCUCCGGGCACUUUGUCGGGCUGGACUGGGAGGCCAUGGCGGGCAAGCCCGUGUGCGAGAAAUCGCUGACGUAUGUCAUGGAGAGCCCAGACGCCGGGCUGGGCAGGUCGAUGAUGGCGCUAUGGACGCUCUAUGCGUUGGCAAAGGAGCAGGGUCGGGCGUUCUUCGUCGACGACUCCCGGUGGGCCUACGGAGCGUAUACGGACCUCUUCCAGGCUCCGCCGCUUCCCGACUGUCGACCGCCCCCCAGGCAUCACAUGCUGCCUUGCCCCGUUCAAGCUCGACACCUGGUCGUGUCUAGCGUCACGUCCAAGGACGUAUACCCGGCCUUGAUGGCCAAGCACCGGCGCAACACCGGUGCGCACAGCACCCAGCAUGACCUGCUGGAGCUGGCUCGGACUGGCUACAAAGCCUUGUUCGUACUCAACAAGGGGGACCAGGAGUACGUCGACAAGAGGAUCAAGGAGCUCGAGGCCAAGGCCAAGUCGGGCGACACAUCCUCUCAAGACGCCCCCAUCAUCGGGCUCCACAUUCGGCGAGGGGAUACGCAUCCCCUCGAGUACCAGUAUCGGGACACGUACAUACCCGCAGAAGUAUUUAUCGGUCACGCCCAUCGGCUGGCUGAGUCACAUUACAACGGCAGCAAGGCCGAAGGCGCUCAGCACAGGUCGGUUACCGUAAUUGCCUCGGACGACCCCAUGGUCAGCAAGGAGGCCGACUUCUCCGACGCCUUCCUCGCCCAGAAGCGCAUCCGGCUAGCCACCAAGGAAGAGGCCAAGGGCCAGGAGGACACCAACCCGCACGUGCUGCACCGGUUCAAGGAGGAGGCGCAGGGCUGGGAGGGCGGCUUCUUCGCGCCCAUGUUCUGGAACCUCGGCGCCGAGCGCAAGAACAACGCCGCCGCCACGGCCGCGCCCGGCGAGGACGGCGACGGCUCCAGGCAGGCGGAGCCCCCCUCGGAGCAGACGCUCAAGCUGCGCAGCUUCAUCGGCCGCGCCUACGUCAUGGACCUGGCGGUGCUGGCGGGCGCGAGCGACAAGGUUGUGUGCGCCGUCAGCGCCACGGGGUGCAAGCUGCUGGGCGUCAUGCUGGGGUGGGAGCGCGGCAUGGAGAGGGGCGCGUGGAUGAAGCCCAUGUACCUCCUCUCCCUCCUCCUCACAUGCAUCCACGCAACAUCCGCCACCAUCACCACCACCACCAUCACCACCACCACCACACAACCCACCACCAACGCAACAACAGACCUCAUCAAGCGAGAAAACUACGAAAUCGUCUGCCACACCGGGACGCAAAUGUGCUGGGGCGCUGCCAUCCCGCAAAACGUCUUCGGCUGGGUCGAGGACCGCUACCGCAAGCUCGACAACAAGACCGUCUACAAGAGCGGCCAGCACAUCAUCUGCGUCAGGUGGCUCUUCGGCCCCGCGGGCUUCUGCCUCUUCUGGGAGCAGAUCGACAAGGACGCGUCGGGCGUCGAGCGCACGGGCGCCCUCGUCAAGAAGCUCCUCGUGCACCUGCUCGCGUGCGAGGACAAGCGCUGCGGGGUGGUCAGGGGCGGGGGGAACAGGCUCAAGAUUGACUACGUGGGGAACACGCGCGGCUGUCAUGGUAUAUGCUAA